AUGAGUUCAACAACGACCAUGGAGAUCGAGGCCGGAAAGACUACUAAGGAGACAAGGCCGGCAUUGAACAUCUCAGCAGAUACUGCUGGUGGGAUUAAACGUCUUCACCAUAUUCCUUGGCCAGAAACAGCUCUGGAACGGCGCAGAUGGCAGUUGGAGCAGAUGGCAGGGGCAUUUCGCGUGUUCGCGAAACUAGGUUUUGCAGAUGGGGGCAGUGGGCAUAUCAGCGUGCGAGAUCCCGUUGACUCAAACACAUUCUGGCUCAAUCCUUAUGGUGUGCACUUUGGUCUGUUGACUGUGUCCGACAUGGUCCAGGUCAACGAUCAGGGAAAAAGGGUUGGUGGCGCCGACAAGGCCGUAAAUGCAGCUGGAUUUAUGAUUCACAGCGCCAUACAUGCAGCCCGGCCGGAUUUACAUACCGUGUGCCACGCGCACAGUCCGUAUGCCCGGGCUUGGAGCACUUUUGGGCGCCCAAUCGACAUGCUCAACCAAGAUAGCUGCAUGUUCUACAACGACUUGAGUGUCUAUCCUUCAUUUGGGGGUGUUGUCUUCGCUUCUGAGGAGGGAAAGCGCAUUGCACUUGCAUUAGGCCCGACGAAAAAGAACAUGCUGCUGCAGAACCAUGGCUCUCUUACAGCUGGAUCGACGGUUGGGGAGGCUGCAGCUUUCUUCAUCGCGCUCGAGCGGGCAUGCCACAAUCAGCUGCUAGUAGAAGCUGCCGUCGGUCCUGGAAACCUACAGAAAACCUUUGUUGGCGAAGAAGAGGCAGAAUAUACCAAGAAAGGGACGGGGAGUUCGGAGGUGAUGUACAUGCAAUUUGCACCGGAGUAUCAGUUGAUACUGAAGGAAUCCGGUGGUGACUUCUUACUGUGA